GCUUACAAAUUGUCAAAGAGGAAGACUUCAAAAGGCGAAACGGCCGAAAACAAAGUUUAGUGAAGUUAUCAGGUGCCGGGUGUUUCGUGUUACGUUUUAACGUUGUUUCAACCAUGUUUGCCAAUAAAGUGGUUCUAAUCACUGGAGCAAGUUCAGGUAUCGGAGCGGAUACUGCGAUUGAAUUCGCGAAGUUGGAUGCUAAACUAGUUGUAACUGGAAGAAACAAAGAUAAUUUGGAGAAGACGGCAAAGGAAUGUGAACUGAGAUCACCAAGUAAACUAACACCUUUGUCGGUAGUUGCAAACGUUGAUAAAGAGACCGAUAUCGAAAGAUUAAUAAAAGAAACCAUUGAUCAUUUUGGACAACUGGAUGUACUUGUGAAUAAUGCUGGUAUUAUGGGAGUAGGUUCCAUAGAAAAUACAUCCUUGGAACAAUACGACUCAAUAAUGACGACUAAUGUGCGUGGGCCCUACUAUCUAACGAUGUUAGCUACACCUCACCUUGUAAAGUCCAAAGGAAAUAUAGUGAAUGUUUCGAGUGUAGCUGGACUCAGAUCGUUUCCAGGUAUCGUUGCUUAUUGUACGUCUAAAGCUGCAUUGGAUCAAUUUACGAGAUGUGUAGCUCUAGAACUUGCGGGCAAGGGCGUUCGUGUAAAUGCCGUCAAUCCGGGCGUUAUUGAAACUGGUAUACAUCUGAGAUCCGGUGUGAGUGAAGAAGACUAUGCAGCCUACCUUGUGAAGUGUAAGGAAACUCAUGCCUUGGGUAGGACUGGAACUACUCAAGAGGUAGCGAAUACUAUCAUAUUUUUGGCCAGUGAUGCAGCGAGUAAUAUUACUGGUUCCACUAUACCAGUAGAUGGUGGUCGCCAUGCUAUGUGCCCAAGAUAAUGGUUUGGCUGAUGAACAGAAAAUUGAAUACUCAUGAAUAUUCAGAUGUUAAUGUUUCACGUUCAUACGUAAUGAAGUUUUAAAUAUUUUAUUAAGAGUUUUAAUAUGUAAAAAUAAUAAAUAAUUUCGCAAUUUU